AAUGCGCAAUCAAUACCAUUACCACUCUUAUGUACUCUCUCCUCUCUUUCUCUUAAUUCCAUAUAUACCAUAUCUCUUGUUUUUAAACUAAUUACAAUUAACUAGCUCUUUUCUUCAUCUAAAUCUUCAUCUCAUCACCAUCGAGCAGCUGGCCCAUGUAUAUAAAUACAUUUAUUAGCCUCUCUUUCUCUUCAGCAACAAAUUAAUAUUCACUUCACAGAACUGCAGAAGCCCUCCCUCUCUCUCUCUCUCUCAAGCUAGGGUUCACCGGAUCCAACUAAUAUAUACAUCUUCAAUAUUUCCAUUCUUUUUUUUACGUCUUCAUAUAUCAUCCUUGAGUAUUUCCUUUUCUGAUCUCUUACAAGUUCUUUUCUUAGCGCAAAGAAGGCAGUUGCAGCAACAGUUUUAUUGAUAUCCUGUGCGUCUAGAAUACCAUUAGUAAUGGAGAUGGAAUCUUGUGUUCCACCAGGCUUCAGAUUUCACCCGACAGAAGAAGAACUUGUGGGUUACUACCUGAAAAGAAAGAUCAACUCACUACAAAUUGAUCUAGAUGUCAUCGUUGACAUUGACCUAUACAAAAUCGAACCAUGGGACAUACAAGCGAGAUGCAAGCUGGGCUACAGUGAAAAGAACGAGUGGUACUUCUUCAGUCACAAAGACAAGAAGUACCCGACUGGAACUCGAACAAAUAGAGCCACAUCUGCUGGAUUCUGGAAGGCAACAGGAAGAGACAAGGCAGUGCUUUUAAAGAACAACAUUAUAGGAAUGAGGAAGACCCUGGUGUUCUACAAGGGACGAGCACCUAACGGCAACAAAACCGACUGGAUCAUGCAUGAAUAUCGACUCCAAACUUCUGAACAUGCACCCCCUCAGGAAGAAGGAUGGGUUGUAUGUCGGGCAUUCAAGAAGCCAAGUCCUAGUCACAGGCAAGGUUUUGAAGCAUGGAAGCAUGCUUACUAUGUCAGAGAUCAUCCUUCAUCUUCAAGCUUCUCAAGUGAAAUGCCUAUGUCUAUGCUGAUCAACCCCAAUCAAGGUUUCCAUCAACCUUUUCGUUCAGAUCAGCAAGAUCAUUUCGUUUUGAACAACAUUUUCUUGGGUAACCAGCUCAUGGAACUUCCUCAACUAGAAAGCCCAACCAUUUCAACAAGCUUUGUCACCAAAGAAAACAUAUUGAAUAGCAAUAAUCUCAGCACUGAAGACUAUGAGGACGACAGGAGCAACAACAAUAACAGCAAUCAACAAAUAGAUUGGAAAAAUUUGGACAAUUUACUCGAAGUGCAAUUCACUGAUAGGGCAUCAUUUUCUCAUCCAAGUUUGUCGUCGGCACCCCAAUAUUAUGAGCAAGAAACUCGAAGCAACCAUCUUCUUGGAUGCUUCCAAGACUUGUGACAGCAGAAGAUCAAUAUAAAUGGUCUCAACAACUUAUUCUUGUUUGGCUCUUAAAAAAAUAAAAAUAAAAUAAUAGUCCAGUCCAUAUCUAGUUGUGUAGUCGGGACAAGGUUAUAUAUUAAGUUGUUGAGAUUGCAUGCUUAAGAGCAUCUUCAAUGAAGAUGUUAAAAAAUAAAAUAAAAUAAAAUAAAAAUUAUCCAAUGUAAAUUUUUAGGCUUAUUUGGUAAAUGUCAAAUUUUCUUUUGCUCAAACUCACAUGUUUAUUCUAAUUCAUUUAAUAUUUGUAGGACCCGCUCUUCAAAAAAUAAAUAAAAACUAAUUUUCAUGA